AUUGAUUUUGGUGGGAUUCAAAAAACUUAAAAUACACUGAAGAAUGCCACAAAAUCCAUCAUUUUAUGAAAUCAAAAAAAAUCCAUCAGCAUUUGAAUACCAUCAGAUUUUAAUGGAUUUUAAACAAUCCCAAUUGAAUACCAUCGGAUUUUAAAACAUAAUUUAAAAUCCCAAUUGAAUACCAUCAGAUUUUGUAGCAUAAUUUAAAAUCUCAAUUGAAUACCUCAAGAUUUUAAUGGAUUUCAAAAAAUCCCAAUCGAAUACCUUCGGAUUUCAUGAAUGAAAAAAAAAAAUUAAAAUCCCAAUCAAAUACACCCCUCGAAAUUUUGUUUCCCCUCGUAAACGAAACAUAAAUUAGAGUUUUAUAUUUUUUAAAUUCUUCAAAUGCUGCACGAUAUAGCGUUUUGUUUAAAAACCAAAAAACGAAGCGUGACUAAAUGAUACUCUAGACCAUUUUUUUGAUACGGUGAUAUUUAGGGCGCACUAAUCUACCCAUAUAAACUACAAAUUGGCGUCAAAAUUAAUUCUAGUCCUAAACUUGCCCUCCGGCAGAGCUGCAUCCAUCCCAUCCCUAUUAAAUCUCCGAUUCAAAGUUCAGCCCCCUCCAGGCUCCAGUGACAGGAACAAAGAUAAAGGACCAUUAAAGAUAUGGCAGAUAGAGAGGAGGAGUUGCCGAGAGAUGCAAAGAUUGUCAGAAUUCUUCUAAAAUCUAUGGGUGUUGAUGAUUAUGAACCUCGCGUUAUUCACCAAUUCUUGGAAUUAUGGUAUCGCUAUGUUGUUGAUAUCCUGACUGAUUCACAAGUUUAUGCCGAGCAUGCUGGAAAGUCUGCCAUUGACUCUGAUGAUGUAAAAUUGGCUAUUCAGUCAAAAGUCAAUUUUAGCUUCUCUCAGCCCCCACCACGAGAGGUCCUCCUGGAGUUGGCUAGGAACAGGAACAAAAUUCCACUGCCAAAGUCCAUAUCAGGACCAGGAAUUGCACUUCCCCCAGAUGAGGAUACUUUAGUCAGUCCAAACUACCAACUCGCGAUCCCAGUUAAACAAACCAGCCAAGCCGUUGAAGAAACUGAGGAUGAAGAGAUGGCUGACCCGAACCCUGAACCAACCCAAGAACCAAAAACACAGGUCCCUCUGAAUGCUUCUCAGCAAGUAUCAUUUUCCCUUGGAGCUAAACGUCCAAGAGGAAGCAUAUGAAACACAUUAGGCUUGCCCUUCUGUAACAAAAUGCUUAACUUCGACAUUUUAAAUAAUUGAUUAAGAACUUAAAUGGAAUGGAAUAUUAAAUUCUUUUUUU